AUGAGCGAUACCGGUGCUGUCAAGGCACCUGAUGUGGAAGCAAAGUCUGCUGCUGCUGCUGCAGUUGAGGACAAAAGGCCUGAGCCCCCUGUGGAGGAUGUCCCUGAUCCGGACGAGGAUGACCUCGAUGAUCUGGAUGAUAUGCUCGAAGAAUUCUCCAAAAAGCCUGCUGGACAAAGCACCUCUGGGCCGGCAUCUGGGCCACCGCCCGGGACCGAGAGUGCUAGGGGCAACUCUGGCCCUGACACAUCAGACAAGUCCCUAGAAGACAUGUUUGGAGAUGAAGAAUUCGCGAAACAGCUACAGGCCGGCAUGUCUGAUCUCCUAGGCGAGCUAGAGAAGAACGCAAGUUUCCCGAUUCUCGGCCCUGAGAUGCAAACUCAGUUUGAUGAUAUGUUCAAGUCGAUGGCGGCCGCGACCGCCCAGGAUGCCACAGGUGAAGGAGCGCGACCUGGCUCUUCGUCUGGACCUGCGCAACCAGGUGCUUCGGCGGAUGCUCAAGCUGCGGACGCCUCAUUCCAGGAAACAAUCCGACGAACGAUGGAGCGAAUGCAGGCCUCGGGUGAUUCAGCGACGGCGGCGGCAGCUGACUCGUCUUCGGAUGACUUUCUCGCUGAGCUAAUGAAGCAGAUGGGCGAAGGCGGAGGUCUCGAUGGCGCCGGUGGUGAAGAGGAUUUCUCCAAGAUGCUAAUGGGCAUGAUGGAGCAGCUGACGAAUAAAGAAAUCCUGUACGAGCCGAUGAAGGAGCUUCAUGACAAGUUCCCGGAAUGGAUGGAGAAGAAUAAGGACAAGACACCGGCGGAGGAUCUCAAGCGCUACCAGGAACAACAGGUGAUCGUCAAGGAGAUCGUGGCCAAGUUUGAGCAGCCCACGUAUUCGGACUCGACUCCCGCGGAUCGGGAGUACAUUGUGCAGAGAAUGCAGAAGAUGCAAGACGCAGGUUCGCCGCCGUCAGAUCUGGUAGGGGAUAUGGCGUCAGCCCAGGAGGCUUUCGGAGCACCGGACGAAAGCUGCAACCCCCAAUAG